AAGUGUGUUCGUAAUUCUCUCAGUGAUCUUGGAGUUUAGGCACGAACAUUAAACUGCUAUUUUAUAAGAAAUAGUAUUCUUUCCUUGAUAACUAUAACUUCAAGUGCAUUUACAGUGUGCAUUUUUCAUCGGUUCGCAAGAAAACGUGUUUGAAGAAAGGACUUUUUGAAAGGACUUUCACAUUAAGAUUUUGACAGUUUGCAGGAGAGCUGCUUAUUAGUCUAUCUGUGUGCACGUCGAAAUCAGUGACUGUCAUUGUCCGCAAAGCAGCAGUGGAAUUCUAACGUCUUGAAAGGAUUUUUUUUAUUUUUUAUUUAACAUUCAAGAGCAAUUCAUUGCAAAUAUAGCUGGCGGUAAUUGUUUCGCAUGAAUCUACUCGACCCCUUUCUGAAGAUGACAGACGAACAGGAGAAGUGUCUCUCCGACGCUCCAAGCCCCAGCAUGUCUGAGGAUUCGGUUGGCUCACCGUGCCCGUCUGGCUCUGGCUCAGACACCGAGAAUACCAGGCCGUCCGACAAUCAUCUGUUACUGGGUCCGGACGGUGUGCUCAGCGAGUUCAAGAAGGAUGAGCAGGACAAGUUCCCCGUUUGCAUCAGGGAUGCAGUUUCUCAGGUGCUGAAAGGUUACGACUGGACCUUGGUACCCAUGCCAGUACGAGUGAACGGCUCCAGCAAAAAUAAGCCCCAUGUCAAAAGACCCAUGAACGCCUUCAUGGUGUGGGCUCAAGCCGCCCGGAGGAAACUUGCGGACCAGUACCCGCAUCUCCACAACGCAGAACUCAGCAAAACCCUUGGCAAACUCUGGAGAUUACUCAACGAAGGCGAGAAGCGUCCAUUCGUAGAGGAGGCAGAACGUUUGAGGGUGCAGCACAAAAAAGAUCACCCCGACUACAAGUACCAGCCCAGACGUAGAAAAUCCGUCAAAAACGGACAAAGUGAGCCAGAGGACGGCGAUCAAACCCACAUCUCUCCUGGCGCUAUCUUCAAGGCGCUCCAGCAAGCCGACUCCCCCGCGUCCAGUAUGGGCGAAGUGCAUUCUCCCAUUGAACAUUCAGGCCCGACCCAGGGUCCACCUACACCACCAACUACCCCCAAGACAGACCUGCCCGCGGGCAAGGCCGACCUGAAGCGCGAAGGCCGACCCCUGCAAGAAGGCACAGGCCGGCAGCUCAACAUCGACUUCCGGGACGUGGAUAUUGGUGAGCUGAGCAGCGACGUCAUCUCCAACAUAGAGGCCUUCGACGUCAAUGAGUUCGACCAGUAUCUGCCGCCUCACGGCCACCCCGGCGUGCCCGGCACCCAGACCGGCUAUUCUGGCAGCUAUGGUGGCGUCGUUGCCGGCUCCGUCAGCCAGCCGGGCGCUGGAGGCCACAGCUGGAUGUCCAAACAGCAGCAGCACUCCCUUACCGCGUUGGGCGGAAGCGGCAUUAGUGGGGGGGAGCAAGGCCAGAGCCAGGGGAGAACCACCCAGAUCAAGACAGAGCAGCUGAGCCCCAGCCACUACAGCGAGCAGCAGGGUUCCCCUCCGCAGCAUGUCACCUACGGCUCCUUCAAUCUGCAGCACUACAGCUCCUCGUCCUACCCGUCGAUCACCCGCACGCAGUAUGACUAUUCCGACCACCAGGGCGGCGCCAACUCCUACUACAGUCCCGCUGGGGCCCAGGGCUCAGGGCUCUAUCCUUUCAGCAGCUAUAUGAACCCCAGCCAGAGGCCAAUGUACACCCCCAUUGCCGACCCCACGGGAGUCCCCUCGGUUCCCUCCCAGACCCACAGUCCACAGCACUGGGAGCAGCAGCCUGUUUACACACAGCUCUCCAGGCCCUGAGAGGUUAGAGGUCAUCCCCUUAGACUUCAACGCAAACUGUCUCAUAAUACCCCUCUUACCAGAGCUCUGUCUCCCAGAAUUCUCUGAGGCCUUUGUACCUCUGUGUCAGUGUACCGUCUAUCGCCAAUAGAAAAAAACAUACAUUCAGUGACUUUUUUUAAAGUACUACACAUUUAUUGUCUCCAGAAAACGGCUCACGACAGUGCCUUUUUUAAUGCUCGGCGUUGUGAUUAUAUUUUUCUAGAUAUAAUGUUAAAAGAAACUCAUUUUUUGAAAAGAGGAAUCCUCUGUGAGGAUAUAUUUGUUAUAAAUAUUUUAGUAUGUACUGUGUAUGUGGUUCUGAUAUUCUUUCUUUUCUUUUGGUACUAUAUCUUUCGGGGGAUUUAUACAUUUUAUGAGGAAGAACGCUUUAGGAGAACAAUGUUCUCUGUGGCCUUACUUCUCACUCAUAUAUUUUUGUACAGGAAGUCAAAAGAAAAUAGUCCCUUUACUCAUACUGCCUACCCUAUCUUAUACAGUACAUCCUCCUUUGGUUCUUAUGUACAUAUCUUAUUGUAAUUGUUAUGAGAUGUUCUUCAGAACUGAGCAAAGCUGGUGCUUAAAUAGUUUAUUGGCCGUGAAUUACUAUGUGACUGUGUCAUCAGUGAAUUAGGCAAAUUAUAUAUAUUUUUUUGUUAUUGUUGCUGCGUUAGCACAUUAGCUCAAGAUAUUGUGUUGGGACUGCUAAUUGCAUUAGCAAUUUCCACACAGUUACACCAGGGGCCUUACUGUGUAGCUAGAUGUGAAUUAGCAAUGCUUUGUAUUGCCUUCAUGCCAUAGGUGCCUGUUAAAGCGCAGUAGAUGCUCUUUACAUUAGUGAUGCUAGCACCAUGGAGUCGUCUAAAGUCCUCACUUCCUGUCUGAGGAGAUACAGGAAGUAGCCUUUGACCCCCAGCAGUCACCCCUCCAGCUGAGUCAUUCCUCUGGCCCCUUAUUCCUUCCAGUCUUAACAUCUUUAAUUUAUUCUUUAGCGAUUAAUUUUAUUUGAAAAGUAAUAACUAUUAUGCAUUUUAUUCCUUUUUAAUUCAGCAGAGACUAAUUGAGAUGAGAACAUUUCCGCAGAUGGGUUAGCUGUUUUAAUGUGGUACAAAUUGUACAAGCAUAUUUGUUUAUUUAUCAUUUGUAAAGGUUUUCAGUUGAAAUGGUUAUUUUGAUGAUCUAGUCGUGUACAGAAUACUUAUAAUUAUGAUACAAGUUAAUCUUAAAUGUCUAAACCGAAAAACUGGAAGUUUUUUAUUCAUUCUA